GGGGCGGAGCGGGGCGGUGCGGGCCAGGUGGCCGAAGGACCUUGCCAGCCAUGGCCGCCGCAGCCCGGGCCCGGGUCGCGCACUUGCUGAGGCAACUGCAGCGCGCAGCAUGCCAGUGCCCGACUCAUUCUCACACUUACUCCCAAGCUCCUGGACUUUCACCUUCUGGGAAAACAACAGAUUAUGCCUUUGAGAUGGCUGUUUCAAGUAUUAGGUAUGGAGCAGGAGUUACAAAGGAAGUAGGCAUGGAUCUACAAAAUAUGGGGGCUAAAAAUGUUUGCUUGAUGACAGACAAGAACCUCUCCCAGCUCCCUCCUGUAAAAGUAGUUAUGGAUUCCCUUGUGAAGAAUGGCAUCAAUUUUCAACUUUAUGAUAAUGUGAGGGUGGAACCGACAGACACAAGCUUUAUGGAUGCCAUUGAGUUUGCCAAAAAGGGAGCUUUUGAUGCCUAUGUUGCGGUGGGUGGUGGCUCCACCAUGGAUACCUGUAAAGCUGCUAAUCUGUAUGCAUCAAGCCCUCAGUCUGAGUUCCUUGAUUAUGUUAAUGCCCCCAUUGGGAAAGGCAAGCCUGUCUCUGGACCUCUUAAGCCUUUGAUCGCAGUCCCAACUACCUCGGGAACCGGGAGUGAAACUACUGGGGUUGCCAUUUUUGACUAUGAACACUUGAAAGUCAAAACUGGGAUUGCUUCAAGAGCCAUCAAACCCACACUGGGACUGGUUGAUCCUCUGCAUACCCUCCACCUGCCUGGCCAGGUGGUUGCCAACAGCGGCUUCGAUGUGCUUUGCCAUGCCCUGGAGUCAUACACUGCCCUGCCCUACCACAUGCGGAGCCCCUGCCCUUCCAACCCCAUCUCUCGACCAGCGUACCAGGGCAGCAACCCAAUCAGCGACAUUUGGUCAGUCCAAGCACUGCGGAUCGUUGCCAAGUAUCUGAAGAGCCAUGGGAUGUCUUACCCAAUUUCAGGAUUAGUGAAAACGUAUAAAGCAAAGGACUACAAUGUGGAUCACCCACUAGUGCCCCAUGGCCUUUCUGUGGUGCUCACAUCCCCAGCGGUGUUCACAUUCACAGCAAAGAUGUUUCCAGAACGACACCUGGAGACAGCAGAAAUACUGGGAGCUGACACCCGCACUACCAAGAUCCAAGAUGCUGGGCCUGUGUUGGCAGACACGCUCCGGAAAUUCCUAUUUGAUCUAAACGUUGACGAUGGCCUGGCUGCCAUUGGCUACUCCAAGGCAGACAUCCCCGCAUUAGUGAAAGGAACACUACCCCAGGAGCGGGUCACCAAGCUUGCGCCCCGCCCCCAGUCAGAAGAGGAUCUGUCUGCGCUGUUUGAAGCUUCAAUGAAAUUGUAUUAAUUGCCGUUUUAACUGAAAUAAUUACCAUUGGCCUUUGUAAUUCUGAGGAAAAAGGUGAUCUGGCUAGAGCUCUGUCUGUUCAAACCUCCACACACAACUUUCCUGUUACUAGUUUGGGUGAGAUACAGAUUUAGCCUGUAAGAGUUUCCCUGGUGUUCUGAGUCAAGUUAUUUCCAUAAAAUGGGCCAGACAAAUGCCCACUAUGUCAGACCCAUGGGCCAGAUGCCAGGGGCCGGUGUUCCUCCACCAGAUCCCACAGAAUACACUGCCUCUGCUCCGUGUGUAUCAAAUGGGCAAAAACCUAGUAUCCGUCAAAUACGUGAAUGUUCAUAUUCUACACCCAAUAACUGCAUGUCUGGAAAUUUAUCUUACAGAAGUACUAGCAUAAGUAUGUAAAGAAACAUGACAAGGAGUUUCUGGCAGAACUUUUUCAAAUAAUAAAAAUCAAAACAACCUAAAUAUUCAGUAAUAGUAUUUGGAUAAAUAAAUGAGAAUAUAUUAAACAGUG